AUGGGUUCCUACCAACGCUCAACCACGGUGGCUAUUGUCGGCGGAGGACCUGGAGGCCUCGCAACCGCUAUAGCUUUGUCUGAGCUCUCGGAUGUCUCGGUCACUCUUUACGAACAGAAUCCAGAGCCACGAGAGGUCGGCGCUGGCCUGAGCAUCGGUGACAAUGGUUGGAAGGUCCUCGAAUUGCUCGGAGCAGCAGAUGGAAUUCGAGGAUGUACCAAGUCCAAUGCUACCCACAGGUUAGCCACAUCCCACGAGCAGGUCGGCUUCAUGAUAGUCGAAGAUUGUAACGCCAGUCUUGGAUCUAGGAACGGCUACACUGGUGAAGUCUUUUUACCUGCACCGCAACCAGAUCCCACAGUCUCCACUUCUAAGCGUGCAAGGACGAGAGUUCGCAGGGCUCGGCUUCAGUCUGCCCUGCUUGCCAGGAUUCCCCCCGGGAUCAUUCAAUACAAUAAGAAGCUCGUUUCACUUCGAGAUCUGGAUAAGAAGGGCGCCCAUCUGACAUUUCAAGACGGGACCCAGGCUCUGGUAGAUCUUGUUGUUGGUGCCGAUGGCUUUCGUUCGAUUGUGCGGCGAACCCUGUUUCCAGACCAUCAACUGCAUUUUAUCGGUGCCAGAACCUGGCGUACACUCGUGCCCAUCUCAUCUGCUGUACCCAUAGGCGAUCUCAUGGGCGCGUGGCAUGGAACAACCACCCAAGCAUUCUUUUCCGGCGUUGAUGACGAGUCGGAUGAAGACCUGUUUGAGAUCUCACUAAGAGCAUCUGAUAAGCUUAGCCGUCCGGACCCAGCGGUGAGCUGGGGAGUCCCUGUCACGAACGACAAGGUCACAUCCAACUUCACGGAAUUCGAUCCCAGGGUGAGGGCGGCAAUCGCAUUGGUCCCAGAAGGUCAAUGGAGAGAAUUCGCCUUGUUUGCUGGGCCUUGUCUGGAAGACAUUACCGCAUGGGACAAGGUUGCCCUCAUUGGCGACGCAAGUCAUCCACUCUCAGGCGGCUUUGGCACAGGAUCAGCAUUUGCCAUGGAGGACGCCUGGAUCCUUGCACGGGCUCUCGAGCACACUCGCAACUCGUCCGAUCGUGUCAAAGAUGCGCUUAAGAUUUUUGAUGAAAUCCGAUCACCUUACUACAAAAGAAUUUACCACUGGCGUGAAAGUCAGCCCAGUAUGUCGGCAGCGAAAAGAGCCCGGGUAGAAAGCGAGAACCGGCCGCUGGAAGACAUCUUGAGAGACCGACUCCGUCACUUCUUCCCUGAUAUGGCAGGCCACUUGGACUGGAUCCACAAGAAUGAUAUCGGCCAGGUGUGGAAAGCCUACGUAGAGUCGUCCAAGGGGAUUGAUCUGGGGUAG